AUGUGUUUUACCAAGCGUGUAGUUUACGGUUCAUUAUUCAGUGGUGCAUUUAGAUGAGCCAAAAUACAAAAUGCGAUGAGUUGAGACUUGCCAUUCAAAUCAAAAUUUAGAUUUUAUAUGCCUGUAGAUUUUGGCCCUCAGCCAUCGGCAGUAGUUUAUAACCUCUUGCUCUUCUCGCAGUAGUGCUUUCAGGUCAACGGAGCAAAGACGACGAGUUUCCGACUUCCACAUUGAACCUCAUCAACCAUGCCUCUAGCUGCUGAAACGAUCCUGGUGACUGGAGCAUCAAGAGGAUUGGGACUGGAAUUUGUUAGACAAAUUUUACAAUUGCCUACAGCACCUGAAAUACUCAUCGCAGCCUGUCGAAAUCCAAGUUCCGCAAUCGAUCUGCAGAAUCUAGCGAAAGGGAAUCCGUCCUUGAGAGUGAUCAAAUUAGAUGUGGAAAAAGACGAAGACAUAAUUUCUGCAGCUCAGCAAACAAAGAAGAUUAUAGGAGAGCGAGGACUGAACCUUUUGAUCAACAACGCUGGCAUCUACUUUCGACAAGAUGGCUCUGAACUCAGAACCCAGUCCCGGGAGAAUAUGCAGCGACAUUUCAAUGUCAAUUGCUCUGGUGAGUUUGCAGUUUGCACCAUCAUCAUGUCACAGAAGUUCCUGCCUCUCCUAGAGCAAGCCGCGGCUCAGAACAAUUCUCAGGCAAUGAGUUGUAGCAAAGCUGCGCUGGUCAAUCUUUCUUCCAUUAAGGGAUCCUUGAAUGAGACAUAUAAGAACGGAAGGGGAACGUUCUUGCAUUACAAAUGCUCCAAAUCUGCGGAGACUAUGGCAACUAUUUUGAUCUCUCGAGAGUUGAGAGGAGCUGGUAUUUUGGCUUUUGCUCUUCACCCGGGCUGGGUACGUACAGCCAUGGGGACAAAAGAAGCCGAUCUGUCUCCGGAGGAAAGCAUUACUGGCUGCCUUCAGGUGAUUGGAUCGCAAGGUGAAGAGAGCGCUGGGAAGCUUCUCAAUUACAACGGAGAUGUGAUUCCUUUCUAA